UUGACAUAUUACACUUGACAUUGACAUAAAGUAACGACUUUUGGAGCAAUUUUAAUUUAGACUAAGCAUUUUGGAGGGAAUUCUGACGGGUUUCGGUGAGGUGUAAACUGAAUUAUUAUUUAUUGGAAAGAUUUUAUAUAAAUUUCGUUCAAAAUUGUACAAAACAAUGUCUCAAACAACGCUCACAGCGUUUUUCAAUAGCAGAAAGAGGCCAGCAACGGAUGAGAUCGUACAUUCGAAGAACAAAAUCGCGCACAUUGAACGCACGGAUUCCUCGUUAAAAUCGGCUAGAAGAAUUCAAUUGCCUAAACAUUGUGAUAUAUUCACACAUAAUGUUAAUCAAACUGCUUCAGUUACGAGUGAACAAUUGGAGACAACAAAGACAUCAAGUGUCCAAUCGUCGAGAAAUGACGAUACAUCGAUACCAAUAAAAAAUGUGGAAGCGUUUGCUAAAAAAGCUAAUGCAUCGAAUAUAGUUAAAAAUGUCGAGCCCUCGAAACCUGUAUCCGUAAAUGCGGCGAGAAAAGAACUUAGUUUAGGUGACAUAAGAAAGAAAUUAGCAGCAAGUAGUAGGUUAGCUGAAAUUAAAGCCGCAGCUGAUCGGCUCAGUAAAGGAAUACAGCAACAGCUUAAAGAAACCAGAGUUAAAAAGAACCUUCAUGAAGCCACAAAAAAGAAUCUUCAGGAAUUUAAGUCCAUUGAUGUGGAUGUACCUCAAAGUCCAAGCAAGCAGUUAUCUGUUCGCAAUGAAUUGCUGUCACCAAAGAAAGAGACUAAUAGUGGAGUUGCUUUACAGAGACCUUUUAUAUCUCCCAGGAAGGUUGUCGUCAGCCCCAUUAAAAGCCCUAGCAAGGUUCCAGCCUACUUAAGACAUUCUUCUUUGGCAUCAUCAUCGUCCAGUCUCCCAUUACCACACCACUAUAGAUUCCUAGCAGAGCUGUUCCGCGGUAUGGAGACAGUGGUUGCACUACUUUACAAUAGAAAUGAGAAAAUAUCCUUCAAUAAACUAAAACCAUCUGUGCAGGAAAUGCUCAAAAGAAAUUUCACAGACAAACAUUUGGCUCAAAUUAAACAUUUAGUUCCAGAUUUUUACAACUUUGAAGUGCAGAAAAAUAAGAACUUCAGCAAUACCUCGCACAAGGAGUCCUUUGAGCUGAUGAUAUCUCCCAAUUUUCCUAAUGAUAUUAAAAUCAUGAACCCUAGUGUGCUGCUAGAGAGACGUAGAUAUUUCUAUGACACACUUUUGCAACUUGUCAAAAAGCACCAUGCUCAAUUUUGCUCAACACUUGAUCCUCCCAUUGAAAUUCCUGAUAGUAAAUUAGUACGCUGGCAUCCAGAGUUUGAGCUAGAGAAAAUACCUGAUAUUGAAAGUGCAAAGCUUCCUGAACUCCCGCAUUCUGAGAAGUAUUCUUCUGCCCAGGAUGUUCUUGCUAAAGCAAGAGAAUUAUUCAAAUGCAACACUAAAAUGGAAAGGGCAUUAGAGAAACUAGCUCAAGCUAAAGCCAGAGGCUUGACAGAACAAGAAAAGAUUGCAACCGGUAUCAAAGAACCUCCAAAAUCGGCCAGUGUAACCACACAAACAUGCCAACCUUCCACAAGUAACAUCCAGAUUUUGAAUCCCGCUCUACGCAAUUUGCCAGCUGCAUUGUUAGAAAAAGUUAAAGCCAAACAAGCAGCAAAGGCUCUUGAAGCCAUGACAAGGUCCUCGGACCAUGAACAAAAGUAUUUGACAUACACUCGACUGCCAGAUCUAGCAAGAACAUUGAGAAACAUAUUUGUGACAGAAAGAAAGAAUGUUUUGGCCCUAAAUGUUGUGCUAUCAAAAUUGGACAGUAGUUUCAAAUCAAAUGUGUCUGCUAGCGAUUUAAAUAAAGACAUCAAGCUGCUUGCGGAAGAAGCUCCAGAUUGGAUAAAACUACAUGAAGUAAGAAAUACUACUUAUUUAAAAUUGGAUAAGAAUGCUGACUUAAAAAAAAUUACUUCUAAAUUAGAAGCAACUGCUAAUAAAUAUAGUAUUUAAGUAUAUCAAGACUGAAUAAGCAUAUCACCCUGGAUCAACUAUCUUGAUGAUAAAUCAUAAAGCAAUGAAAGCCGACCUAACGCCUUAUGGCCUAUUACCAUCCACUCCUCUGGUUUCUUUGACCUAAAUUAACAAACACAAACUGUGAUGGGUGACCGUUGAUGUAAAAAUGCUUGUCAAUCUCGGCUUAUUACGACUCUGCUUGGGCCUCCGCAAGAUGUGCUAUAGAGAGUUGAUCUGGGUGUAGAAUAUUAGAAUUCUAAGAUUAACUUAUCAAAUUAUUUGAAUACUUUAAUUAUUAUCAUGCGAAAUUUUCAUUGUUAUCAUAGUUAAUUUAUGGACUCUAUACUUAGUAUAAAAUAACUCUUCUCUUUAUUUUUCUUAUAAUUUAUAAAUUCUAAUGGAUCAUGACAUGAAAUUCUUAAUCAUUUCUUGUUUUUGACAUUAUUAUAAGAUUUCAUCUUGACAUUAUGUUCAGAUAUUGCUGUUAGCAUAAGUUGCAACAGCAUAGCAUUUAUAAUUUUCUUGUAUUUAUAUGAUUUUAAUGAAUGAGAGCUAUAAAACUUGCUUGUGAAUGAGUAUUUAUUUUCUGUAACAUCACAUGUUUAAAAUAUAAAAUGGAUUUGCAAACUCACUCAUUCUCAUGUAAUUAGUAACUUGUACUAUCUUGCUUAGCUAGCUUUACACAUACGAAUUAUCAUUCAAUAUAAAGGUUACAGACACUCAAUAUGAAUCCAAGAUUCAUCACUGACCCCAUCUCAAGAAAACUUUUAAUUAUGGUCUGUAGACACAUUUACUAACAUCAAGAUGAAAUAGUUGACAAGCUGAUAUUAAAUUUUUUUUGCAGUAUCAAUUAUAAUAUAUCAGUGAACAGAGUGUUGUUUUGACAUAAUACAAUGUAUGCCAUUGAUGUCAUGGCAUUUUUAACGUAAAUUAUUUUACUAUGAGUAUAUUAAUUUUAGUUACUUUUCUUGCUAGUAUUUCCUAUUGUUUUCCUAGUUUAAUUUUGACGGGUUUCAUCUAAUUUUUAAUUAUUUGCAACUCUUUUUACUUAACUUUGAAACUAGUGUUUGAAUAAAAUAUACCUAAAUA